GAUCCUUCAGUGGUUUCUACGGCUGGAAAAUAAGUCUUAAGUACAAGAUGGCCAACUACAGGACAAAGCUUAGAAACUUGGGGUGUCCAGAACUGAGCAUCAAUUCCCUCAAGCACAAACCUGCAGAUAGAUGUCAGCCUGCCUACGAUGUCAAAAAACCAAGGAAAGCAGAAGUAAAUUUUUGUCCUCCCUAUCCUGCUGGAGAGACCCAGGACAGUCUUGAAGGUGAAAGAUUGGCAUUGUUAUCUGAGGUCAAGAAGAGACAUAAUGAUAAAGUUGUCAGAGAAAAGAUGGCCAAGACCUUCGCAUACAGAAGGCAGGAGGUCGUUAGAAACAAGCCCAUGAUCGUGGAGUUCAAGAUCAGAUGGCCAGGACUGUUCACUGUGGCAGAGAUGGAAGCAGAAUUUGUGAGGAUCACUACUCGUCCUCUUGUCUCAAAGUUUCAUGCACAGCUUGACCAACACACUGCCCAGCUCUUCAAAGUGUUGAAGAAGAAAGGAGGCUCUGCAGGGAAUAAAAUCAGCAGGAUUUUGCUCCCAAUCAGACAGAAUGAAACCAUUGAAAAGAGGAGAGAGUGCAUCCUGAAGGCACUUUGUAUCUAUCUGAACGAAGACCCGAACAUCCUCUUCAAAGAAUACCUGGAUACUGAUGAUACUGCUGUACAGAGGGAGCUUGAGCAACUUACCCUUGGCAUCUACAGCGUCAAAGUCGAGGGAGGUGAUGCAACCACUCCACCAGCUGAUGUUGGAAUAGUGAUCGAGGGUGUUGAAGUUCUGCAUGACCUGGGAGAUGUCACCUCUGCAUGUGCACUCUUAAUGGGUGUGAUAUAUGCACUGAACCUCAGUUAUCCUAUGGAACUUAAAGCCUUCUUUGAAGUACUUCAGAAGUUCUCACUUGGCAAUGAGCUUGGGGUGGUGCAGGUGGACACUCACAUAGUGGAUCAUGGACUCUCCUACAGUCAGAUGGCAGCUGGUGAAGCACCAAGACCCACAGGUGCCCAGGGACCCCCAAACUCCAGUGACUGGCAUUCAGCACCAUGCUGCCAGACAGUAACUGUGAUCUCCGCAUGCAUGGCCAUGGUGCCACCUGUGAGGAGUGCAAACGGGAUGCAGAUGGCGGCCAAUAAUCACCGCAGAAAGGGAGCAUGA